CAGCCUACUCGCAGUAUGGGCUUACGAUAUCUAUCCCUCAUCAUCCAUCUCGCUGAACCACUCCCCUUCGUUGACUUGAACCGGUUUUUCAGAACUAAUAUCUACCAUUCCCUCCUCCCAUUUUCAGCACUAGUACAUAUUCCUGCCCUCAAUUCCCUGGAUGUAGUUGAGACACUUCAUAGCUCGUUUCCGGACUUUCUGCAGACACAGCUUACACGAGUCGGCGUUGGGAACCUUCAGGUUCAUCGUCCUUUGGCUAGCCGCUGUUUCGUGACAAUGGCAAGGUUUCUCAAGCGCGACCUUUGUGGUCUCGGUGAUUCCUCACUGCUACACGACGAAAUCCGCGACUUUGACCAACGACGCCGCGCAAUCCCCCGUGCACUUCGCUACGCUUGCAUUCACUGGCUAUUCCAUCUUCGGGGAUGCGCGGUUGACGAAGAACUAGAACAGCAACUACUCGAGUUUUUAGAGGCAAGACUUUUGUUCGCGAUCGAGGCAUACUCGCUACUCGGCGAACUAGGUACCUGCGUAGAGCUGCUGCGGUCGGCAAGGAAGCUAGUUACGGGUUGGACGUUCCGGCACAAAAUUGACGUGUUAGAUCUUCUCUAUGACAGCUGGCGAUUGACUCUGGAGUUCUUCUUUCCCAUCAGUUGCUCAGCUCUUCACGUGUACGAAUCCGCUUUCCCGCACUGCCCAGUAAAUUCAAAGUUACGGCUUACAUACGAGUCUAACCCUGCGACAAAGUCCACCGAUAUGCUCGUCGAUGAUUGUCUGGAAGAUUACUGGAACUGUGAAACACGAGUCAUAAACCUGUCGGAGGAGUAUUGUCAUUUCGCCCUAUCCCUUGACGGCUCUCAAAUAGCCGGUGCUUCCAGAGGUGGCUGUAUCAGCGUGUGGGAUACUGCCUCUGGGCUACUGGUCUCAUCCCCGUCAUUGAAGGUGGACUCUUAUCUUUGCGGGCUCGCUCUUAAUGGUCCCGUCAUUGCGCUUCUCCGACAGAGCGAGUGCAUCUUGUUGAAACUGGAAGAUGGUACAUCCGACAGGAUCAAAUGUUCAGAGCGUCUCCACUCUAUCGCAUUCACUGGAGACGGCACCAAGCUCGCUUUGGCUGAUGUAUCAUUCCACGAGGAAGCCUGCAGAACUGAGAUUAUUAUCUACGCUGUCAAGACAAAGCUCCAAGUGUGCAAAUGCAUUAUCCCUCACCAUAUCCCUUGCCUCUACGACGACGAGACGCUGAUUCUUGAUUUUUCUCCCGACGGUGCUUCGCUUAUGAUCGCCACCGAUGUUAAAGUUUACAUCUUUAACACGACGUCCGGGCGCCUGCUCGGACAAAUCAAGUCGUCCUGGCACCCGCUUGGACCACUCGAGCCAUCCUGGCGCCCGUUUGGACCACUCGACUCGGAGACGUUCAAUAGUGAAGCUUUCUUCAGUCCAGAUGGAAACUUUAUCGUUCAUCUUAAGGUCCCGUUUGAUUCCUCAACGGGAAAUGUAGAUUACAUUGCUGUUCAUGAGAAUGCGCAUGAAGAUGGUAAAACUAUCCAAUCACCUCUCUCGUUACAACGAGGCAGUCCAGAAGGCAAUGUGGGGUUGAUUAGGUGGCGCGGCGAAGUCGUAGGAGUGAAGGUCGGCAAUAAAAUGGCUAGAAUUUUUGGUUGGGGCAGGACUCCCUGGAAACCUGAAAACGAAGAGUACUAGUGCUAUUCCACGUGUCUAAUUCGCGAUCGUGAACUCCACAUCAUAG